AGAACAGAGUCAAAAACACCAAAUAGGUUAAACGAAGAGAAAAAUAGGUUACACAAUGUAUUGAACGUUUCGUAGGAGUCAAAAUUCCAGUUACAUAACAAAAAAACUUGAAUAUUAUUUGAUAAAACUAUGGAUACUUUCCUCUUGAUAAAUUAAAAUACAACUAUGUCCAUCGAAACUUAUGAGAAACUUUAUUCAGAAGCAACAGAUCUUCUAAAUGAAGCACUGCAAAACGAUGAAGUACUUUCCUCUGGACCUCCGAUAGUAAAUAGACCGGAGGCUAUUAAACAACUCUCCAAGCAGUACAUAAGGUAUAUUCUGAUAGUCAAUCACCUUGGAACAGUAUACGAUCAACACAAUGAGUUCUUGAAACUUCAAGUGAUGAGAAAAGUUCUCGACUGUGCCGUUGGUAGACUUCUUGAGUUGAAAUAUGAGUUAUCAAGAGAAGAAUACUCUGAUUUUAUAUACUUGGAUGAUUCUCUCAUUGAGAUGAAACUCACACGUAGAGAUAUUGAAUUAAAAGUUCCACCUUACUAUUUGAUCGAGAGAAGAGAUAUAUUAAGAAAAUGGAAUGAACAAAUAGAUGAAAUAAUUACUCGGCGAGAUAUGGAAACGGGUGAAAUGAUGGACAUGGCUUUAGACAAUCAGAGUGAGAUAGCAGAAAAUCCAGAUACAAACCGAAACUCUGGAUCAGGCCAAAUACUCCCCCUCUUAGCAGAGAAGAAGAAAAAAAUGCAGUCGGACACUUUCCUUCAACAAAUCAUCAAUAAAAAACCUGAACUAACACCUGAGCAGAAGACUUUUCAAUCAAUCAUAAGCCUGAUCCAGCGCCAUGAGAGAGCCAGGCAGGCUAGAUUGGUGGCUAGAAUAAAUUGGGAAAAUGCUGUUCUGAAACAUCAACUUGCAUGGCACACGUAUGUUCCAAUUGAGCCAGAUGUUCUUCUGGAGGCAACACUGAAUAUUCAACGUUUUUGGAGGGGAUACAGAGAUCGUGUGCGAAUCCGCGAGAAAGAUGUCAAGCUCAGACUCCUCAUUGAUGAGCUGAGAAAGAGUCAAUACAGUACUCCACAAAAAUGGAGGAAGGAGGAAAUUCUUGAAUUGGGCAGAAUCAGGCAGAAGGAAUGGGUUACACGGUGGAUCAAUCAAUAUCAAAAGAGGGACUACAUGGUGAGAUCCGACGAAGCAUUCGUGGACAUCACCAAAGAGCUGAAAUUCUUCAUAUGGUAUUGGUUUCAAAUUGUGAAUAAAGUGGCUCUCUAUCCUCAUGAAUAUGUCAUUCCACCUCCUGGUCUCAUAGGACUGCUAGCAGGACUGCCUGACGCAUUCAUGGAGAAAUACAAUGUGAGCCAGGUUAAGCCUCCUUAUCCUCCGCAUUUGUUGAGCGUUCCUGUUAUAAUCCUUGGAGGCUUCAUCAUCACACCUGAGUUGUUUUCUUUCGCUGCCGAGGCGGCGUUCACCAUCAAGCAUCUCAUGCUGGAGGAGGAGAAACGAGAAAAGUAUAAGCCACUUCCACCCCCAAAACUAACAAUCGAAGAAAUGAAGCUGAUGAAACAACAAGCUAAAAUAGAAGCGAAGGAGAAAAGGGAGAAAAUGCUGACAACUAUAGCGGAGAAACGAAACCAGGGAGUGUAUACAUGUGAGCCGAAGCACCUGGAGCAGAUGAUUCACGACAUGUUGGAGGCGGUGGGUGUGUGGAGCAUAACACUGCCGUUCCUCGAGAAAGUUGACGGCGAAGUGAUGAAGAACAUAAUGUCCGAUCUGAGGUCAAUGGUGGAUGAUGUGAUUCUAGAAGAGAUGGAUCGUUUGCAAUUCUCCGCCUUCACUGACAGAGGAAAAAAACCUUUGGACUUCAUGAAAGACAAGAAAAAGCCAAAGCCGAAAAAAAAGCGAGUAAAAAGGGAUCCGACAAAAGAUCGUACUUUCGAUUCACUUUUCGAGGAACUGGUUUUGAAAAAUGUAAUCAAGAAGUACGACUUCAUAAACAUAGAUGACGACUUGAUCCUUGAUUAUGCAUACUGUAAUAUGGAGUUACGAGGGGAUCCAUAUUUUGGUGAUCCAUUCUCUAGGAGUGGCGAUUUGAAACAGGUUUUGAAAGAAUACUGCAUACUGAACGUGAUGGCCCCACGACCCCCCGUCGACAGAAGUGUGAUUCCUCCCAGAGGGCACUUCCCUCCUCCGAUCAGAUCGGUCCUGCUGAUGGGACCCCCCAACUGCUGCAAGAAGACAUUGGUGAACGCAGUAUGUAGUCAGCUGGGAGCUGUCAAGUUUGACCUUUCACCCCCGAAUUUGAGAGGUCACUUCAAGUCCAAGAAGGAAGUGGGUAUGCUUGUGCAUCUUGUUAGCAAGAUGUCUCGAAUGAUGCAGCCUAGCGUUAUAUUCAUAGAUGGUGCUCAUAAACCUUUCUAUAAGAGAGUUCCGAGAUCAGAAAAAGACGACAACCCAAGAAUGCUUAGAUCAAAAUUAAUGAAGCUCGUGAAGGAGAUUAAUGGUGAAAAUGACCGGGUACUUUUCCUAGCUACUUCUGAUUAUCCUUGGCAAGGAAAUCCUGACAAAUUGAGUAAAAUGUACGAUAAAAUACUGCCUGUGUUUAGACCUGACUAUGGAACACUGUAUAUGUACUGGUGGAACAAGCUAAUGCAAUUUCAUGGGCUGAGUAGGGACUUUCCUCUCAGCCCUCUCUGCCAAAUGAGUCAAUACUUUCCCAUUUACAUUGUGGAUGAAGCGAUAAGUACAAUUCUGACUCCAGAGCGUAUAGUAAAGUUGAAACCGAAGCCACUCGAUCCUCUUGAAUUCUAUGAUUUUUUCCUGUCACGAGCUCAGAUUAAAGUCAACAAUUUAAAAGAAGAAAUGUACAUCAAUUGGUACAAAACAAACUAUCCCAUGGCAGAAAAAAGAUUGCAAAAGCUGGUUUCGGAUCAAAUUUUGAGGGAAAAAUUAAGUGCUCUGGAGGAGAAAAAGAAAGGCAGGAAGUGAAUAAAGUCAAAACAAUAUAACUCUGUGAAACAAAGUACAAGAAACAGUACAAAGUACAUUGGUUCCUAUUCACUGUAACAUCCAGCUCUGGACACUUUCAUAAAUAACUAGUUGCCACUAUCGUACUAUUUAUAACCUAUUCAGUUCAAAUGCAUAACAUCAUUCAUCCAUAUAUUCAUCAAUCCCUCUCUAGUUCAAUUACAUGAUAGGCUAUGUUGUGUAGGCACUGUUUUGAUUACAUAAUACUUGAAUAACUCAAUAUUGUGAAAUACAUCCACCAUUUCAUACA